AUGGUGUCCCAGCUGAGCGCCCUGCAGCAGGAGCUCCUGGGCGCCCUGCUCAGCUCGGGGGCCACCAAGGAGGGGCUCAUCCGCGCCUUGGACGACAUGGUGCCCAGCACCAGCUUCGGCGUGAAGCUGGAGAGCCUGCCGCUGUCCCCCGGCGGCGGCCCGCCGCCCGACGCCAAGCCCGUCUUCCACCCGCUCGCCAACGGGCACGGCAAGGGCAAGCUCUCCGGCGACGAGGGCUCCGAGGACGGCGACGACUUCGACACGCCGCAGAUCCUCCGCGAGCUGCAGGCGCUCAACACCGAGGAGGCGGUGGAGCAGCGCGCCGAGGUGGACAGGAUGAUCAGCGAGGACCCGUGGCGGGCGGCGAAGAUGAUCAAGGGCUACAUGCAGCAGCACAACAUCCCGCAGCGGGAGGUGGUGGACGUCACGGGGCUCAACCAGUCGCACCUCUCGCAGCACCUCAACAAGGGCACCCCCAUGAAGACGCAGAAGCGUGCCGCGCUCUACACGUGGUACGUCCGCAAGCAGCGGGAGAUCCUCCGCCAGUUCAACCAGACAGUCCAGGGUGGUGGAAGUAGGACAGACAAAAGCAGUCAGGAUCAGCUGCUGUUUCUCUUUCCAGAGUUCAAUCAGCAGAACCAGGGGGCUGGCCAGCUCGACGACCCCUGCGCCGAAACCCCCAGCAAGAAGAUGCGCCGCAACCGCUUCAAGUGGGGGCCGGCCUCCCAGCAAAUCUUGUACCAAGCCUACGACCGCCAGAAAAACCCCAGCAAGGAGGAGCGCGAGGCCUUGGUGGAGGAGUGCAACAGGGCCGAGUGUCUGCAGCGAGGGGUGUCUCCCUCCAAGGCGCACGGGCUGGGCUCCAACCUGGUGACGGAGGUGCGCGUCUACAACUGGUUCGCCAACCGGCGGAAGGAGGAGGCUUUCCGCCAGAAGCUGGCCAUGGACGCCUACAGCUCCGGCCAGCCCCCGCACAGCAUGAACCUGCUGCUCUCCCACGGCUCCCCCCACCACAACCAGCCCAGCGCCUCCCCUCCCGGAAAAAUGCCAGGAGUGCGAUACAGCCAGGCGGCGAGCGGCGAGGCGGCAUCCUCCGGGGCCAUCAGCCACCACGGCAACGGUGCCAUGGUGACCACCAGCCAGGCCGUGCUGCAGCAGGUCUCCCCGGCCGCCUUGGACCCGGGCCACGGUUUGCUCUCGCCCGACGGCAAAAUGAUCUCCGUCUCGGGGGGCGGGCUGCCCCCGGUGAGCACCCUGACCAACAUCCACAGCUUGUCCCACCACAACCCGCAGCAGUCCCAGAACCUCAUCAUGACCCCGCUCUCCGGCGUCAUGGCCAUCGCACAGAGUCUGAACACUUCGCAGGCGCAGAGCGUGCCUGUUAUCAACAGCGUUGCCGGGAGCUUGGCAGCGCUGCAGCCCGUGCAGUUCUCCCAGCAGCUCCACAGCCCGCACCAGCAGCCGCUCAUGCAGCAGUCGCCCGGGCACAUGGCGCAGCAGCCCUUCAUGGCCACCGUGACGCAGCUCCAGAACUCGCACAUGUACGCGCACAAGCAGGAGCCCCCCCAGUAUUCCCACACCUCCCGCUUCCCCUCGGCGAUGGUGGUGACCGACACCAGCAGCAUCAGUACUUUAUCCAAUAUGCCUUCCAGUAAGCAGUGUCCCCUGCAAGCCUGGUGA